AUGGAGGCGGAGGUGCGGCAAAUGCAGACUUCGCGGCAGAUCCUGGGAAUGCUUGUGCCUGUGUACAGCACCUGCCUCCUCUGUCGAAUGAUUCGUGGUUUGGUUUCUGUCCCUGUCCCUCUUCAUGUUCUGGACCUGGGUGGCAGCACGGCAGAAGUUGGGUUGCUGGUAUCUUUCUACGGCAUAGGCUACAUGAUGGCGAACGUCCCCGGAGGAUUUCUCCUGCCAUGUAUGGGUGCCAAGCGCACUCUGCUGCUGGCCUGCGCGUGCUUUCUCCUUUCAACCGGCAUUUGCUUUGUGGAGGAUGUGAGGAUGCUCAUGGUCUCGCAAUUCCUGCUGGGGUUGGCAAACUCACUGAGCGCGCUGGCGCAGCAGACCUUCAUCUCCGGCACCGUUCCUUCAGAGCGCCGAGGCUUCGCACUCAGCAUCAUGGGAACCCUGGCCAGCUUGGCCCUAGCUCUGGGGCCCUCUUUGGGCUCCCUCCUACAGGGAAACCUUGGCAUACGUGCAGUCUUCGUUGCGCAGCUGGCUUGCGGCAUCCUUGCGGCCCUGGUGAGCUUCUUUCUGGGCGAGAAAGAAGAGGCCAUGGAAGAGGCCCUCACCCCGAUCCGGAGUGAGAGCAGUGGCGUGCUUCAGGCCAAAGAUGCCGUCCUGCAAAACAGCGGCCGCCUUCUGCGCGUGCUGUGUUUUGCUUGCGCAGUGCAGUGCGUCCGGAAGGGCAGAGAGUUCUUUUUCCCCCUUGCCGGCCGACAGGCAGGCUUUUCCGACGUGUUCAUUGGGCAGGUCGCCGGCUGGUCAUUCUUGGUGGACAUGCUUGUCUCUCCAUUGGCUGGACAGUUCAUGGACUCGUACGGACGGCGCCGUGUCGGUGCGGCGUGCUUGGUGCCGCAGUCCCUCGGGAUUGGGCUUCUCACAUUCGACACGGCGGAGGCCUUCAUCGCCUUUGGUAGCCUUACUGGUUUGGGGAACGGCCUCAGCGCCGGGUUGCUCAUGACCAUCGGGGCAGACCUCGCCCCAUCGGGUGAUGGACGGGGUGCAUUUCUGGCAGUGUAUCGGCUGGUUUACAACAGCAUGGAGUUCAUCACCCCAGCCUUACUCUGCAUUAUCACGGCCACGGUCUCGCUGCACGCUGCGGAGCUUGCAGCAGGUGCCACAGGCUUGCUCGGGCUACUUUGGGUUCUGGGGUGCGUGCCCGAGACGCUGCAGAAGCAAAAGAAUACACAACGAGCAAAGGUGCAGUUGUGA